CCAGUUUGACUCUCUCUGCUGAUUAGACGACGGCGUGAAUUAUGAUCGGCGAAGAGUCGCGUGUUGAGAAAUGCAAUUUCGCUGAUUGAAGUGUAAACCGCGAUCCUCUUUGGUCAGUUUUUAAAUAAGAAGCCGCCGACUUGCCGGACUUGGCCAAACAACCUGCCGCUACGGACCGAAGAACUCCAUCAUGUGGACGUUUUUCGCGCUUAAUCUCUUCGCGUGGUGUUGUAUUGUUGAUGCAGUGCCGACACAGAACGACAUUGUCAAGAGCUUUGAGACGGCGGUGCAGCAGCAGGACCUUCAAUCGAUACUGAUGUCGAUUGAGGAACGAUUGAGAAACUUGGACAACAUCUACUCAAUGCAUUUGUCACCAACUCUCGAGGAGAAAUUAGAACAAUACCAAAGAAAACUCGAAGCAAUCGACACGAAAAUAAUCCGAUUGGAGACGUUAGUCAUGCUGAAUUUAGAUAAAAUAUCGGAAAAUAUCAGCACGAAGAAUUUUAAAGACGAUAUCGCCAAAACAAACCUACUGAAAAAAGUCGACGCUGUUUAUGAGAGUCUCAGUCACAGGAUGAGCUACGUUGAGAGAAAAUUUGAAAAUAGUGUAAAUAAAAUACAGAGUAAAUUAGACACGACGUUAACACGUCUCGAACGAAUGGAGGACGGUUUCACUCGCAGGAACGAAGACAUCGACUUGGAGCUCUCCGACGCCAUCGCCGCCAUCGACGACCUAAAAAUCAGCUUCAAGGCGGCAGAAGAAGGCAUCGUCAACAACACCAACGAAAACUUUGAAAUUUCGCUCAAAGAGCACAUGUUACUAAUGAAAAGCUUCAACGACAAGUCCAACACGGCAAUACAAACUUUGUACGAAAACGUGACAAGGGACUUUGACAGGUUAGAACAGAGGAUCCAAAUGGGAUCGCAGGCCAUUAACGAAACGGAUCGAUUUUUAAAAAGCCUCAAGCUCGAACUGAAACGCGAACUUAAUGAAUACGCCGUUAAAGUAGCCGAAAUGAAUUCAGAAAACUGGAAAACCGGGGGUAUUUUACGAAACAAGCAGGAAUCGCUAGAAACCGUAAUAAAUUCUACAAAAACGGAAGUACAAAACGGGAUAAGGACCCUCAUGAUUCUUAUCGGAAAAAUUUCGCCGAAAGAUAAUAGUCCUCAAUCAGAUCAAGGCCAAAUCGAGAAACUCAAAAACGAGAUAGAUUCCAAUUUCAAAAAAGUUUUCUCCGCUCAAGAUUUAUUCAUGGACAAUUGUUAUCGGCUGCAAAUGGACGAGUCUCAAAUCGAAUCGAAGAUCAGCGACAUUUUAGAGAAACUGAUCGAGACUUUUGAUAAAAAAACAACUAUCGAAAUAAAAGACUUGCAAAAUGUGGAGAAACUCAUUAAAAACCACGAUGCUCACAUUUCGCGAAAUUUAUAUCAAGCUGGGACCAAUAUCGUAACAACUUAUGAGAAAAUGACCAAAGAGCAUCGUCAAUUCUCAUCGGAUUUAAAACAGGUCAGCGACCACCUCAGUGCCCUUUCCGCGCUAAUCCGGGACACUCUCGCUGAUGAAAACCGUUCUUUAUCGUCGAAGAACGUCUCCCUAUUACUGAACGAAAUGGAAACGAAAAUUACGUCUCUCAAUAAACAAGGCGAUCUCCUCUCGAAUUCCACCCGAGAAAUAAAGGAGAUAGUCGAAAAGCUCCGUCAUAAAAAUUCCACUGGAGUCAUCGAUGAAUAUUUUAGAAAUAUGUCGGGGAUAAUUAAAGGGAUGGAAGCUAAAGUAAACAGCGCCUAUCUUUAUUAUUACUACAACAGGAGCAAAAUUGAUGCGAUUAAUCAGAACCUAAGCCGGCAACUGCAAGAAGUAAUUGACGUCAUUACGAAUAAAACCGAGAGGAAUUUAACCGAAACUAAAGACGAAAGAAUCAGGAGAAUCAUCGACGAUAUUUUCGGAGCGAAACCCGAGGCGAAUGAAACACAAGAAACCUCUCCAAAUUUGAGUAAAGUAACUGAUACGAUCGGGGCCAAUGAAACACUAGAAAUUGCCCCAAAUAAUUGCACAUCAAACGAUUUAGACCUCAUCGACAUGCGGAGCGUAUUUGGUUGCGAAAACGCUAAACUUCAAGACAUCCCAUAUAUAAAUUAUCAUACAACACCGCCACCUGGAAGUGACGAAUACGAAGAGACCGAGAACUAUCAACAAGUUUGAAACUAGCUAUUGCACUUUUUGUGAAUUCAAUAAAACUUUUUUGAAAAAUU